AGGAGACCAACCCAUUAAAAAAAUACUUGUAGUAAAAAAUACCAUCACGCAUUUACACCCACCCCCCCCCCCCCCUGGGCCUCCCCGCCCGGCCCCCUGGCCUAAAAUAACGCGUAUGCAUCUAUCUACGAUCUGCUUUGCAAACAUGCGUGGUCUGUCUGGAGUCUUGAUUUUUCACAAGGCCGGUGGUUAUACGCUGUGAAUCUUACAGAUGCCUCAAGCAGUAUCCUCCAGCUAUUCCUGAGUUUUCUUUGAAACAAAAAUGCUGGCAUAUGAAGCACCUCUCUAACUCUGUCAUACAUAUACAUGAUUGAUCAGCAUUCUAUUCAUGAGACAUCUUCUAGGAUCAAGGUCUCGCAGGAUAUUUCUCACUUAUACUAUUGAGUAUUUGCAGGACAGUCACUUGACAAUAAAGAACCUAGAGGAAUAUCCUUCUUAGGCCUUCAAUUCCUCAGGAAUAUAAACUUCUAUUAAAGAAUUUUUCAAAUUCUGAGAGAGAGUCUCCGGUCACACUUCAAUGUCAUGGCUGGGGUCAAGAACAAGCCCACUGGCCCAAGCAGCGUCCUGUUAUGGCUAUUCUACCGCAUGUAUUCGGCCAGGGUCACCAUACUUUGGGUUAUGACUGUGCUUCUAGUGCUCAUGUUUGUCAUCUUUGGCUAUGUGGAUCAGUUCUGUCAGCACUGUGUGGAGUUGGAUCUUCAGAAACAGCUUUCUAGGGAUGGAAGGACACAACAAAUUGAUCAGAACCCAACAGUUGGCAGCAACUCCUGUUUAGCAGUGACUUUUGCAGAGGAAGGCAGUCAAACACUGUUAGCCUUGGCCAGCUAUCCAGGGUCAGGGAACACUUGGUUGAGACAUCUAAUGGAACACUCUACAGGCAUUUAUACAGGGAGUGUCUACACUGACAAAAGACUCCAACAGGGUGGUUUCCAUGGAGAAAGUGUCAACUUCAUGAAGAAGAGCGUUCUUGGGGUGAAGAUGCACCGAUGCAGUAAGAAGGAGCUAGUGAAGUUUGAGGCACUCAUUCUUCUUAUCAGGAACCCGUAUCAUGCCAUGAUCUCAGAAUGGCAUCGUUACCACUCCUCGGGCCAUGUCAACAAAGCCGAUGAAAAAUCAUUCCGCACAAAAGAAUGGGAGGAGUUUGUUGAAGAAGAAAGUAGCCACUGGGAGAGGAUGAUGCGCAACUGUUUGAAGGACUCCCUGCGGACGAUGGUUGUGUUCUAUGAAAACCUUCAAGCCAACUUAGAAAUGGAACUGGCACAUAUUCAUCGCUUCCUACGGGUGCCCAUAGACAUUGAAAGGUUAAAAUGCGUGAAGGGCCACUCAGAGGGGAAGUUCCAUCGGGGUUCAGAUCAAGAGUUUAACCCUUAUACAGAAGAAAUGGUUACCAAAAUCAAUAGAAGGAUUGAAAAUGCUGCAAUUAUUCUCAAGGACAAUGCCGAUGUUAAAUUUCCAGGGGAUUACAGGAAGUUACCUGGCUCAUAGCACAGGUUUUUAGAUGAGGUAAUUUUGAAUUAAAGCCUAACAUUGCUCAUGUAGGUGUAGGUACAAAAUGCUUUAUCACAAAGAUGAAUUUUCUUUGACCAAGCCAAAGUUAUUUUAUACAGUAAGUUAUGGGGAACAUGAGAGAAUCAUGUCGCAACCCAACCAAAACCAAAAGCUACAGCAUUUUAGAAGCGCCAGUAAGCAGGUCAUUUAAUUUUAUGUUACUAUUUUCAAUGGCCUCUACCAAUUUGCAACUCAGAUAAUCAGUACUUGUGUGAAAAUGUUACAGCAGUGAAUAGGUUCAACAGAGAUACCAGAUUUCUGAAAAUCCAGCCCAGGCAAUGUAUACUCAAAUCAUACUUUUUGUUUGUGCUCUAUACCCCAUUAACAUUUGGUCUGUGAUCAUCAUAAGGUGCCCACAGGGGGAUCGUAUUCUGCUAAGCCUAACAAUUUUCGUACAGUGGAAUCAGGAAUAAAAUAGCGUACUUAACCAUGGAAACAGGCAUCAAUUUGGCGCAUUUUGACAAAAGCGCGCAUCAGCAUUGGACAUAAGCGUAAUUUAUACAGGAAAUCUGCAUAAACCAUGGGUUCAACCAAUGGUUUCCAAAACCACCUUUGUGAAUUUGGGCCUCAAUGUUUUAGUAUGCUACAAUUUGAUUUAUUCUAGGUCAGGGCUUCCUGCAGCACCUCUUGUUUUUACCUCAUGGUCCAUAUUGCUCAAAUUAUAAAUCUUUCAAGGCCCAUCUUAAUUCUUUUUAUAGGCCCAUUUCAAAUAGUAAUAAUGACCACAACUUAAAGAAAUGGUAAGCUUUGUUGCCCAAAAAAAAUAGAAGAAAUCAUGUGGUAAGUACUUGAAGUACAAUUUUAGAGUAACCCAGCAAUUGUCACAUGAUCACAGAAAAUGCUUACAUAGUUUAGGUAGUAAAAAACUGUGAAAUAGUGAAACGCAACUAAAGAUUGAAUGAGAAAUGCUGGAAAAUCACUCUAAUGAUUCAGCACAUGUUAACCUGAUAUAUCAUACAUAUACCUUAGAGAAAAGGUCUGUGGCUUGCUUUUUUUGCCAAUUUCCAAGUACCUGGUAGUUACUCUUUUCUACUAUUAUAUGCACAUAUAUUUCUGGAGAUGUAAUGACAAGGUGGUCACGUUUUUAUUCUAUUGGAAUCACUUUCUUAAGCCCAGCACACACACCAUUCGAUGCGAUUGCACCAAGAUUUGAUUUCGCCAACCUAUAACACGCUUCAACCGUGACCCGCUUUGUUGCAGUAGGAUCGCUGACCAAAUCUUAGACAUUUGAUGUGUCAAAUCUUUCUGCGAUUUUGCUAAUUUAAGCCAAUCAGAUUUGUCCUAGACGAUGACGCUAUUGCAAAUUUGCUGCGCUUCUGCUGCGCAGACAACAUACGCAGAAAGGAAGAGGUGCCAUGAGAUGCAGUGCCAUGCAGAGCUGUUGCAAUGUGUGUGCUGGCCUGCAAUGUAAUUGCACUGAGACUUGAUGUGAUCGGAUCUCCAUGCAAUGCAACUGCUCCUCAUAGAGUGAACUGGGCUUUAUUGUUACCACAAUCGGAGCUCAUUUUUAUAUGCAAAUGUAACCUCAAAUUAGCAAGCUAUGUCCUUGCAAUUUAAUGAAUGCCUGGUGCCCUGAUGAAUUUUAUCAAAUGCCAUCUUACUAUUAUGCUAUCUUGUUCUCUGUCAUUGGUUUUAAAGGAACUAAGUACAAUGAAAUUGCGCUUUACGUCCAAUGUUAUAUCCGUAGGGAGAAAUUUUGGAGGUGACUUCCCUAUUAGAAGCUGUUGAAUAAAUUUUGUUGAAUAAUGUGUACAUCAUUGUAUAAUUUGAGCUCUGCAUUGUCAAAUAUUUUACUCAAACUAGCCAUCAACAGAAUAUAAAGGUCAUAUUAAUUUCUUAUGGUGAUGCAUAAUCUUGUCAUACUAUGGGCAUUUAUGGUGGAAAAUGGGGUUUUAAUUGUGAAAGCAUGUAAAGAUAUUAAAUCACCUGCAGUAUAUAGAGAUACCAAGUGAUCAUUUUUCCAUUAUUAUUUUUCAAGGUGAUCUUUUUAAGUCUUUAAAUGGACAUGUAGGGGGGAAAUGUAUGACAUAAAUUAUUAUUUUCAGAAAAGAAAAAAAAAAUCUUUUUUUUUUUUAAAUUUAACAUGAAAAAAAUAUUUUAAUGGGAUGUGGAUUGAAUAUAGGUUUGCAUGUAAUAUCUCAAAUUCCAGUAUUAUCAGCAUUGUAUGUGCAGCAGUUUUAUAGUACUACUAUUUUAAUCUUUGUGUGUACUUUGAUAUGAUCUGGUGGGUGUUUCAUAAAGCUGUUCGUAAGUUAAGAGCAACUUGAAGAACGACUGGUGAUCCUUGUAAAAUUCAUUGGCGAUGGUUAAGCACGUAAGAAAGGUUCACCAGUCGUUCUUAAAGUCACUCUUAACUUACGAACAGCUUUAUGAAACGGCCCCCUGGCUUUUCUUUGGCAUGUAUGAGUCUUGAGUUUUGCAACUAAUUUAUUUGAUUCAUAUGUUUCUUGUUGCUUUCAUUUACAUUCUCUACAUUAUCUUUAAAUUAAUUUACAAAUUAAUUCCCAACUACUUUAAGCACACUCAAAAUGUGAAAUGAAAAAUAGCCUUCUGAUAUAUGUAUCUCUGCACAGUGUGAAGUUAUUUUUUUGUAUGUUCGGUUAAGUUUGUUCUUUAUGCAAUUUGAAAUUAUUAUCAAUUAGAAUGCUUUUGUGGUGAUGGUGUAAUAUUUUUUAUGUAAACUUGUGAUAGCAUGUAAAGAAUGAAUGCCAUGCAAUACCCUUAUCAUAUUCUAUUUUUUUUUCUUUAUCUCUUUUCAUAUUCUAUCUCUUUGAUAUAUGUCAUUUAGCCUUAAAGUGCAGGCUUAUCCUCAAUUUUAUUAUCUCACAGUUUUCCUUUAAAUGUGUGCACAUUUAUCAUAAUUCUUAAAGUGUGAAUAUUAAAGAUGGCAGAUCUUGGGAGAGGGGUUAAGGGAGAAGCAAAAUCCUGUCAUCCACCCAAAUAAAUUGGGAUUUUACGCGCUGAUAUUGCAACAUUACACAUUCGUACAAGUAUAUUCAACAUUGGUAAUAAUUAGUUUUCUCCCCUACCUCAAAUUAGAGAAGCUAAUAAAAGGCAAUAGUUCUUGGAUAACAUCUAUAUAAUAAUUAUAAGUAUCAAUUCUGCAAUAUGGAAAUCUUGAAUUAAAGAAAAUAACAUGGAAACAAUUGUCAUUAUUAUCCCCCAAAAAUUAAUUCAGCGUUCAAAGAGUUCAUAUUUUUACUUUAAAAUAAUGAUUUCUCUGUUAUCUAUCAGCAUUCUUUAUCGUGUGCUAUGGAGGUAUGGAAGAGGGUAGGACAUCAGAUUCUGGAUCAAAUUGUUUUUUAAUUUAGACUGAUUUUAAAGUUGAGCCUUUACUGACUGAGCACCUGUUUAGUAUUAAAUGUAGGCUUUUAGUGAAUGUGCCCAUGGUCAUCAGAUUUAAUCUUGCUUGUUCAUGUUCACGCUCCACUACCGGCAUGCGCAUUCACAUUCUCCACUUGCCCGGGAGGAAUUUUGAAGGCAUAUUUGAAGCGCCUUUAGGGCUACAGAUUCUAGUGACUGUUAAUAUGUACCAAUUUUCAUCAAUACACCCACCUCUUUGAGGGAAAAGAAAUAGUAUUGUCGGUUGUUUUUUACUCAUUGUAACAGUGGAAUCAUUUGAAAUUGAUAUUUAUAUGCAGAAUAGCUAAUAUAUUUUUUAUUCCACAUUAUUGAUCAAUGUUUAUCAAAUAAAUUGGAGGUGAAACAGAUUUAUAAUAUAGUUACAAAAUGUUCAUAUGUUAAGAGGGAAAGUCAAAUCAAUUUUUUAGGGGAAAACAUGAAAUGCCGGACAUACAUGUAAGCCUGGGCAUACAUAGUUUUGUAUGUGUAUUUUGAAUGAAACACAAAAAUUGUAUAAAUGUCAAACGUUUUGAUAAAUUGUAACUGACAUAACUGAUUUCAUCAGGCAAAAACUUGACUAAAAGGCUGAUUAAAUGUGCUCUGAGCAAUUUUAGACUUGA